AUGUAUCUUCCACGAUCCCUGAUAUCGAAACUCUAUAUCCACCUCCAGAACACGCGACACCCCCUCUCGCCGCCUGUCCUCAUCCUCGUCGCUCUCGAGCCGGAUGCACUCUGUGCAUGCCGAAUUCUGACGCGCCUCCUCAAGCAUGACUACAUCCCACAUAAGAUCCACCCCGUCGUCGGGCUCAGCGGCUUGGCCCAGGCCGGUACCGAUUUGGUAGCCCCGAUGAUGGAGUCCCGCGGAGGCAGCGGCGGUGUCGUCGUCUGCCUCGGCGUGGGCGGCAUGGUAGAUCUGGGUGAGGCCCUGGGCCUCGAGAACGAGGGAGACGAUACCCCCUACAGCGGCGUCGAUGUCUGGGUCAUGGACUCGCGGAGACCUUGGAACCUGGGCAACGUCUUUGGCGGCUUUCCCCUAGAGCCCAAUGCCGGCCAUGGAAGCUCAUACCAGAGCCGGUGCCCCCAUGGUGUCGACGGCGGCCAAAUCACACGCUCAUACAAGCCGGGCAGAGGUGGCGUUGUCGUGUUUGACGAUGGCGACAUUCAGGAGGACCUCGAGACCGAACGAGACGCCUACCGGGAGCUCCUCGAAAUGCCAGAUAUCGAAGACGACGGCCGAGAGCUCGGAGACGACGAUGACGGAGACUAUGAUGGAGACGGUGGCGAGGAGAGCUUAGCACAUGCGGGGCAGAAGAGGAAGAGCUGGACAGAUGCCGAUGAUGAUGAGUCCAGCGACGACGAGGGUGGCCGGCCGAGACAGCGGCGGAGGAGCAACUCUUCGAGUUCCAUCGCCGAAACCCCCCGACGACCCCGGCAGAGGGGCCUGAUUUCCUUGCGAGAUCCCGACCACGGUCUCUCCGGUGACCCUAUCGAACCUCCAUCUGCCGCUCAAGAGCCCCCUCCCCCAUCGGCUGGGGCUCUGAGAAGGCGCCUGCUGCGUAUGCGCCGGCAACACCAAUCCGUCAUUGCGCAGUACUACACCGCCGGCUCUUCCUUUUCAGAGCCCAUCUCUUCCAUGAUGUACUCUCUAGCUUCCGAGCUAGGUCGGGAGGACAAUGACCUCCUCUGGCUGACCAUAGUCGGCGUCACAUCUAUGGAGCUCUACGGACGCUCAUCGGCAGGCGUUGCAGCUCCCGUGAGAAUGACCGACAAGAGCAGGCCAACAGGGUGGAUGGGCGUGCGCGGAGCUCGGAUACGGCAGCUUCUACGAGACGAAGUGAGGCGCCUUAACCCCCUGGAGAUUACAAACGGACGUGUCGCUCCAGAGAAUACGGGCGUCAUCCCUACUACGGCACGAAACCCCGAGGACACCGGUAUCCGCCUCUCGCCCGAACCGCGAUUCCUCCUUAUCCGGCACUGGAGUCUCUAUGACAGCAUGCUUCACUCCCCAUACCUCUUCUCGCGCCUCAAGACGUGGAGCGAGACCGGUAUCAGGCGUCUGCACAAGCUGCUGGCCAAGAUGGGUGUCAGCCUGGCUCAGUGCAAGCAGAGCUACACCCACAUGGACAUGAUGCUGAAGCGGGAGCUGCGAGCCAAGCUUCUCAAGUACGGGUCCUUGUACAACCUGGACGAAAUGGUACCCUCGGUGGAUACAGACGGCAAGGACCGUGCCGGUGCCAAGGACGGAUGGGGCUUCGUCCGAAGCUGGGGGUGGCGUGCUACCCUCAGUGCCGAGGAUGUCGGCGUCGUCAUCGGCGCCCUGCUCGAGGUUGGGAAGCACGCACAGUCGAGUGAGCCUGUCGUUACGAUGAGCCAAGCGCUACGGGAGGCCGAGGAGGAGAUUGACUACACCGCUCAGAGCGAUGAGUGGGUCAGCCGUUUCUGGGAAGCGUACGAUGCGCUUGAAGAUAUCGACGCUCUCAAGGCGGGCGUCCCUACCGCCCAGCACCUACACCGUGCCAUCUACCGUACGGGGACGUCGCUCAUCAGCAAGAAGCAGAUCAAGCACCUGAGAGCAUUCAGGCUCUGUGUAGUCAAGGAGGGGCCGGACGUGGCCCUCUUUACGCACCCUGCAGCGCUGACAAAACUCUCCCUUUGGAUCGGCGAGGCCUUGAGCGAGCAAGAGAGGGAGAGCCAUGGCAAGCUCUCUCAUGGUGGCCGCGGUACGCCUCUGAUCGUGGCCAGCCUGGACGAGAAGCGUGGAACCUACGUCGUCGUCGGCACAGGAGGUGGUGGCGGCCCAGACACGGCCAUGCUCGACCGAGACGCUGCCAAGCGAAGGAAGGAGGAGAGGGAGGCCAAGGCCAAGAAGAAGGAGGAGUCGCGGAAAGUAAAGGCCAAGAUCAGGGAGGAGAAGCAGGCCGCACGGAAGGCGGCCAAGAGGGAUGACGAUGACGAUGAGCCCGAGACAGAGACUGAUGACUCGUCUGAAUCCGAGUCUGACGAGUCUGACGAUGACGACGACGACGACGACGACGACUACAGAGCCGAGACCAGUAAGGGAUAUGGCCGCAACAACUUUGGGCGAGCGUUUCAGGAGGUGGUGUCGGAGACGAAUGCCCGCGUUCGCAUAGACAGUUUUGAGAACUGCGUUGUCGAAGUGCGGAAGGAGGACCUGGUCGGCUUCUUGGAGAGCCUGAGUCUCAAGCCGGUGGUGGAGUAG